GAUUUACUUCCGCGUUGGAGACUCGGCAUGGUUAUUGCUGUAUAAAAAUAAAAAUAUUCCAGGAUUUCAUCCUUUUAACCAGCAUUAACUUCUUCAGCAGUUUGAGCAACAGUAGCUCGUCUGUUGGAUCGGAUCACACGGGCCAGCCUUCUCUCCCCGCGUGCAUCAGUGAGCCUUGGCUGCCCAUGACCCUGUCUCCGGUUCACCACUGUUCCUUCCUUGGACCACUUUUGAUAGAUACUGACCACUGCAGACCGGGAACACCCCACAAGAGCUGCAGUUUUGGAGAUGCUCUGAUCCAGUGGUCUAGCCAUCACAAUUGGGCCUUUUAGCUGAAUGAGGCAUGAAGGCUCUUCCCCCAGACACGGUGCGGCUACUGUCCAGCUCUCAGGUGAUCACGUCUGUCCUAAACGUCGUUAAGGAGCUGAUCGAGAACUCGCUUGAUGCUGGAUCCACAAGCCUAGAAAUCAAACUGGAGAAUUAUGGCUUGGAUCGUAUCGAGGUGCGAGACAACGGCUCUGGAAUCAAAGCUGCUGAUGCUCCUGUGAUGGCGGUGAAACAUUACACCUCUAAAAUCUCCUGCCAUGAAGAUCUGGAGCGUCUCCAGACCUACGGCUUCAGAGGAGAAGCUCUGGGGUCCAUAUGUGCCGUUUCUGAGGUCGUCAUCGCCACCAAAACAGCUGACGAUGACAUCAGCACUCAGUACACGCUCGACUUCAAGGGGUGUGUGGUCUCUCAGCGGCCCUCGCACCUAGGACAAGGUACCACUGUGUGUGCGCUGAAACUGUUCAAGAACCUUCCUGUCAGGAGGCAGUAUUACUCCAACAGCAAGAAGUGCAAAGACGAGCUGAAGAAGGUCCAGGAUCUGCUCAUGGCUUAUGCCAUCAUCAAGCCUGAGCUGAGGGUCGUGUUCACACACAAUAAGGCCGUGAUAUGGCAGAAGUCCAAGGUAUCGGAUCACGGCGCGGCUCUCAUGGCCGUGCUCGGAUCCUCCACCGCCGCCAACCUGUUACCCGUCCGACAUCACCACGAGCAAGCAGAGAUCAGCAUCGACGGAUAUUUCCCCAAGCCGAACUCCGAUCUCAGUGCGACAAGUUCCAGUACCUCAGACAAGACGUUUAUUUAUGUGAACAAUCGGCCCGUGAAUCACAAAGAUAUCCUGAAGCUUGUAAAGCAGCACUAUGCUAACUCGGCUCAUUCAAAUAACGAAUCAGCCAGCCGCCGAUUCCCUAUCCUGAUGCUGAACAUCACCGUCCCUGCCUCGAGUGUGGAUGUUAAUCUGACACCUGACAAGCUGCAAGUGAUGCUACAGAACAAGGAUGCUGUGCUUUUAGCAGUGGAAUCUGUACUGAUAUCCUUGUACGGUUCUUAUUCUGUUGGGAAUGACAACCAUGUGACAGAAGAACAGUCUCAUUCUACGGUGGAAACUAGGAAGGAGCGCAACGAAGCGGCUGAAAUAGCUGCACCGCAACCUAGAGCGGUUUCUCCACCUGUGGUGCUAGACAAGCCUACCACAAACACCAAAGAAAAGGACAGUGAUACAUCCUUACCAGGUACCGCUAACACAAGCUCGUCUUCCUCAUCAGAGGACUGGAUAAUCAACACAAGCUUGAGUGAUUCAUCUUUUGCUGAGAACAUAGCGUUGAAUUCUUCACUCGACCCAGAUGACAAACAUGAGAGCUCUCUCGUGCAAGUGGACAAGGAGAUCUCAGCAGAGAUCUCAGCAGAGAGUUGGGCCAUGGGGAAGGCUUUCACAGAUCCCAUCACCGGAGAAUGCAUUGAACCUGUGAAGCUUCAUCAACCUGAAGCUAAAAAAGAUGGUGACCUUCCCCCAGAAAACAACUCUACGUGUAGCAGCCCAUGCAGGAGACCCACAAAUGUCAUUGUGGAAAAAAUGGCCAAAUUAACGGCCUACGACCUGAUCAGCAGCCACUCUGUGCGUCAGCCACUUUCUGCCUUCGCACUGUUUGAGCAGGACGCCAGAUCAUCCGUCCUGCUGGAGAAGCCACGAGCCAGUCUGCAGGAUGUCACUGCUGCUGUAAAAGAGAGAUGGGAAAGCCUCGGGGAGGAAGAAAGAAAGAAGUAUGAGGAAAAGGCCCAGAAGUCCCUGGAGACCUACAACGAGCAGAAGAAGCGUGCAUCAGCCGACGUCAUUCCUGACCAUCAGCAUGAGAAGGCUGAUUUGUUUCUGAACAGACCCCAGGGCGUGAAACGUAAAGCCCAUGAGUCCAAUCAGCAGACCCUGGACAAACUCUUCACCUCUCAGCCUAAGAGCAAGAAGAAACCUACAGAGGCGUCCAAGACUGUCCAGUUCAGCAUAGAUGGCCUCAGGCGAGCACUUCAGCCUGAGCAUCGCUCCCGCUCAAGUGAGCAGGACCUCCGGCUUGUAAACCGCUUGCCUUCUCACUGCGCCUGGGUCGUUUUAUGUGGCAGAAAGCUCAUGUUGUUAAAUCCGUUCAGGGUGGAGGAAGCCCUGCUGUUUAAGAGACUUCUGGAGAAUAAUAUACUUCCAGCAGCGAGCUUGCAGUCCCCUAUACAGCUAACAGAUGGUGUUCUCGGUGGUCCUGAAUACAUGGAGGUUCUUAUGAAUAUGGAGAAAGGCAGUCCAUCUUUAACUGGUGAAGUCCUCUUUACUGAUGCCAGGCUGGUGGCCAAUGGAUUUCAGAUCAGACUUACUCCAGGUUCCUCAUCCACUGGGGCCGGUGUUGAAGUGAUGGCCAUGGCUGACUGCAUGCCUUUCUACGGCAUUGCUGACCUAAGGGAGAUCCUAACAGCCGUGAAGGACAGGAACGUCCAGACGGUCCAGCAGUGCAGACCUCUCAAAGUCACAAACUACCUGGAGGGUGAAGCUGUGAGGAUGACCAGACAGUUGCCUCUGAACAUGUCCAGAGAGGACGUCACAAAUAUCCUGUCUCGGAUGUCUCGAGAGUUUGAAGGGAAGCGUGAAGUUUGUCUUCAUGGACGGCCGUUUUUUCACCACCUUACUGAUGUCCCUGAAACAGACCAGGACGCUUUCGACAUCUUGUCUAGCUCUUGCUGAUUAUUUAAAAAAAUUUCCCAGUGUGAUGUUACGGUCCGACUCGGAGGGCCGUUCUCUCAGGGCAUAUUAUUGUAAAUGCUUAUAGUUUUCAGUUUAAUGUUCUGUAAAAGGUUUGUUUCUAAUGAUACUGACAGCAUGGCAUUAAAUAAUGAAGUGUAUGUUUAUUAAAAAACAAACAAGUGCAUAAGAGAAUAAUAAAUAUUUUCACUUA